CUCAAAGGCAAGUGCAACCGCCGCGACGCUUGAGCGAAAUGGCCGACGUGCUGGACGAGUACGCGGUUGCGCUGCAGGUCAUCUUCCUGGAUGCAAUUGGCGUCGGCACAGUGCGCGUGAACCCGCGGACGCAGCCGCGUCACUACGCCCAACGUGCCGGGCACCGGCUGAGCGUCCAGGGCUUUCUCCAGCUCCUGCAACGCUACCGCAUCUGCCCUGACUUGGUCUCGCGGCCACAAGUGUUGCGCCUCUACACACCCCGCGGCCGCAGCAAUCAGAAGAACGAGAUGGACUACGUUGGAUUUCUAUCAGCGCUAGGGAAGGCGGCGCAGCUAAUUUUCUCCGGGCCGGAGUGGGACGGCCAGUAUCCUGACGACAACGACAAGGUCCGAUUGCUUUUGCUCUGGAUGGACGAGAACAGCGCCGUGUUUAAAAACAAUGGACAAUGUCUCUGCGACGCCAAGAAGCAGCGCGACGCAGUCCCGACAAACGAGGCUGUUUCGUUCACCGAAGAUAUGGACCUACUGGCCCACGUCGAACAGCUCGCACCGGAGCUCGAGCGCCUCUUCCAACUCUAUUGCACACGAGGUCACUCUAGCAUGAGCAACCUCUCGUUUGUGCAUUGCUUGCGCGAUCUCGGACUCUGCGAGGCGGGCAAUCCACGCCACCUCUCCACUGUCGACGUGGACAUCAUCUUUCGUCAAAUGAGGUGCGCGCAGAGCAGCGACACGGGCACGUCGUCCCACUCGGUCAGUUUCGCCGCCUUUCAUGCGGGUCUUGGUCUUGUGGCGGCUCGACUCUACGAACACGUGAACCCGCCGCGGUGUCGGUUUCUCUCUCUGGCGCUCGAGUACGUUCUCCCAGCGCUGGUUCAAGCCGAUGUUGAGUCGUCCUGCGACUCGAACGCAUGGCGCCAGCGGUGGCAAAAGCUCUGCACGUUGCGCGAAGCCUUACUGUCGGCCCACGAGCGAAAAGGCCCGAAGGUCCCACUACCGCCCCCGUCAGACGAGGUGCACGUAAUCUCGGAGCUAAGAGCGCUCCAGGAGCUACUGACGUCCAAGAUGAGCGAGCUGCCAUUGAGCACAGCACCACCGUCGCUCGCCCGUCCAACAGCACAUAUGAAGACUCUCGAGGAGGCUCUAGAUCGUCUUGCGUACAGCGUUCACGUCCGAGUUGACGUCUCGGAAGAAACACGACCACCAAGCACAAUCUAGUAUCGUCAAUCCUGAAAAUGAAAUCGGUAUUUCUUACUA